GUUAGCCGGUUCUAUUGUGUUGUAAUCCCCCCUGGAAAUGAGGAAGUUUUCGGGCCGGCCUCUGCUUCCUCUUCUGGUUUUUAGACCUGCUUCUGCCCACUCUGCCCCCCUUUAGCAUCUAUGUAAAUUUGGGAAAAUCCAUAAAACAGAGCCCAGGACACCUGCCUCCGCAAUCCGGUCGAGAAGCGUUGUGUUCCGUGUUCCCUGUUCCGUGGAGGAGCUGCAUCAUGCCUUGCAUAUUUAAUCCCGCCUACAUUGGCCCCACUCCGCCCUGCUGCGACCAUGACUGCGGCGAGAGGGAGGGUCAGUGCACGGUUCCGGAGUCGCAGCUUCCCCGCUGCAAUCCCGCCCGGGAGCCAAAAAAGAACCCGGAGCAGCAGAAUCAGGAGCAAAAACAGGAGGAGAAGCAGCAAAAGUAGCAGAGGGAGCGAAGAGGAUUCGGAUAAGUGGGUAGCUUGGAACAAAAGAUCCAAAGGGAGAGCCUUAAAUCCACCCAAAAUGCUUUCGAUACGCUGCUUAGUAAGGUAUUAGUGGGGGUUUUCUCUAAAACUGUUAGUAAUUAGUUUACACAGGAAAAUAAAAUACUUUGCAUGGAAAA